UCCGCCGGUCACACCUCCAUCAAGCCCACUAGUUCCAUCAACUUCUACUCCCGCUUCCACACCUCCAACCUAUCAAGAAAAUAAUCCUUCACCUCCACUAGCUUCUACUCCCUCAGCCAUGCCUCCAACCAAUCAAGCUACCACACCACCACCUACACCAUCUUUUAGUGCCCCUGAAACUCCUCCAUCCUACCAAGUAAGCAGUCCACCACCUUCACCAGAUUCUACUACCUCUUCCACACCACCAAGCUAUCAAGUUAAUAGUCCACCACCACUAGCACAAUCUACUCCACCUCCAUCAUUUUCUAGUCCCUUAGCUACACCUCCAACCUAUCAAGCUAACAAUCCGUCUCUUCCACCACCUUCUAGUACUCCUGCUACACCUCCAACAUAUCAAGUCAAUACUCCACCACCUCCACCAGUUUUUAAUCCGCCAGUCACACCUGUAAAUAGUCCACUACCUCCACCAACUUCUACUCCUGCUGCCACACCCCCAACCUAUCAAACAAACAAUCCUCCACCUCCACCAGCUUCUAGUCCCUUAGCCACGCCACCAACAUAUCAAGCAAGCACACCACCUUCGCCAUCUAUUAUAGCCCCUACAACACCGCCAAUGUAUCAAGUAAGCAAUCCACCACCUCCACCAGCUCCUAUUACCUCUGCCACACCUCCAACAUAUCAAGUUAAUAGCCCGCCACCUCAAGCACCUUUUAGUCCCCCCGUCACUCCUCCAACAUAUCAAUUUAAUAACCCACCACCCCCACAACCAUUGUCUACUCCCCCGUCUAUGCCUCCGCCCUAUCAAGCUAACAUCCAACCCCCACCACCACCAAUGAGUCCACCUGCCACUCCUCCAAGUUCACAAGGGAAUGGCCCAUCACUGCCGCCGCCACCAUCACAUAAGCCCCCUCCACCUCCAACAUACCAAGCUCCACCACAACCUAUUCCCCCUAAUGGGCCUCAAGGAUGGCAACAAGUUAAUAAUCCUCAUGAUACCUUGUACUGGCAAAUUGGAAGAUUUAUAGUGUUGAUGCAUAGAUUGGUUUACAACAAAGAGUUUACACUCGUGGAUGUGAUCUCAGUGAGCAUGCAGCCUGCGGGUACUGGCAAAAACUACUUUGUUGUCUUUAAAGCUGCAGAUGAAAAUAAGGUGGUCAGAAGAUACCAAGCAGUUGCAUGGGGCAUAGCAGGGUCAACAGCGCAACCAUGGAAAGUACUAUCAUUCCAAGUGAUAGGAGAUUGAGCUCCCGAUAAAUACGCAAUGUUCAUAGUAUCCUGUGCGUGCAAAGUUACAAUUACAUGAUUUAGUUUACUCUAGUAAAACUUUAUAUUUUAUAGAACUAGUAGAUUUAAUAAGCAUGUCAUAGUUUCUUGUUAUAUUACACAUCAGUUACAUCAUUACACAUUAGUUACACCAUUUAUGUAGCAAAGAUGUUUUGCUAGCUUCGUACUCUAUGAUAGUUAAGAAACAUCCAUGGUGUUUGGAGCUGCAGCAGUAUA